AUGAAAAGCACUGUUAAGGAAAAAACUGACUUGUCAUCAACAGGAAAUACGCCAAUCAAGCUACUUCAAUGGGAAAAAGAUUUUCGAGAAAUUUUAAAUGCUGAAGAAAAUCCUGUAUACAGUAAAAUACCAGGAGCAAUAACAGUUGGGCUAGAUUCCAGUAAUAAAUGUGUUUUACUUCCCACACAGUUAAAUGUAAGCGAAGCAACAACAGAAACAAGAAAGUGUAAUCAGCAGAGACAUAUUUUACGCAAAGAACAUGCUGCAGAUAUUUCUUCCGUGUCCAGGGACCACAAUUCUAAAAAACACAGGUUGUUAGCAGCAGAAACAGAAAAAACUGUAGGUUUAUCAACUCCUGAAUUUCAACGCUUAGUACUACUAGAGCAGCUGAAACUAACUAGACUACAAAUUGAAAAAGAGGAACUCCAACUGAAAAACCUACGUCAGCAAGAAAACGAAGCUAUUAAUACCCAAAAGAAUGACGAUCCUUUAGUUAAUUCGGAAUUUAGGUUGCAAGAUUUUCUUUUGUUAAAACUCUUCCUCUGCUUCUUUCAGCCAAUCAGUGAAAGGUUUCACUUGCCUAUGAAACUUGCUGCCACCGAUAAGGGUAGAGAACCAGUUCAAAAUCGAGUCUUCGGAGAUAUAGUCCUUAUUGUAGAAAUACUGAAGGACGAACGUCACCCAUUUAUCUGGCAGGGACUCACUACACAUAGCAACAUCCUAAAAGCGCAGAUCAAUGUGGUAGUGAAAAUAUGUACAAUCAAAACAAAAAAAUAUCUAGUCUACUAA